GCGGAAUGUAUCGAAAUACAAACUAUAAUUAAUUGCUGAUGGACGUAUUUUAACACGAUUAACGGCGAUAAUUCACAAAGCGAUAAAAUGAUUUUUAACGUAUGUAUACCAAAGCAACCUACAUUACAUAUUAAUGGUUCAUUGCUGCAGCCAAUCUCCAGAGAGCUGACGUCUAGCAAUUAUAUCCACGUUGAGACGAACCAAAUAUCUAGAAUCAAUUUCACCAUUUCCAUCAUCUUAUGUGGCGAAUAUGCUGAUUAUCCAGAAGUUUACAGAUGACAGUGGCAUGGUUUCGACACACUUCAGGACAAGUAUAAUUUAUCCCCUUGCCACGUAGUUUUGUCCGAUUUCGGCCGCAUUUUUAAUACAAAUGUAUGAUGCAGACAUUAUGUGAAAGAGCAAUUACAAUUCGCAUAGAAUGUUGCUAAAAAUUGUGAAACAUUAUAUACAAAACGUUUGUUUGACAACACCAGAUUUCUAUUUAUAUAUACAGGUAUAUAUAACUGAAAAGAAAUUUAUAGAAAUAACUAAGAAGAUUAUUCUUUAUUUUAUUAAUGUAAAAUUUGUGACAAUAAUUACACCUGUCAAGUGUAUUAAGUAUCGAUACAUUUAUAUAAAUACACUAGCAUUAAAUAAUAAAAAAAAAUGUGAAUAAUUAAUUAUAUUUAUAUUUAUUAUGAAAAAACAUGUAAGAUAUUAAUUAAUUUAAUGCAAAGGAAAUGCAAAUACUUAUCGACAAGACGCCAAAGUUUUAAAAUAAGACAUUUUAUUUGUACUAUUUAUAAAAAUAGGAAAUAUUGUCGAUCUUACAACAUAAUAUUAAAAUGUAGUUUAUGUUAUAAAUUUUUAUCGUGAAUAUUCAUAUUAUUAUAAGGUUUUUAAACUACAAAAACAAACAAGUUUUAGCUAUUAUCUUGUUACGGAAAUGCACGGUAUAUGACUUCUAACUAAGAUAAGUAUAAUUUUAUCCCUGAAUUUUAAUUUUGAAUUUUGCGCACUAUCUAAACAAAAUGUUAUAGUGUUCUAGCGAUUUGUCACCAAGUUGAAGCAGAAUAUUGUGGUAGAUUGGCAUUUGCAUUAAACUCAUGGUUUGCCAGCAGAUUCCGUCGGCAUAAUUUAAUUGCAAAACAAUUAAGCAGAUUUUAUUAUUUAAUAAUCAUUUAAGUGAAAUGUAUUUGAACAGUUAAAGGGUAAUAUUUCUACAAGAUGACUGACGUUGUGCCAGAAACUAUAAUGUCGGAUGCAGUUCUAGCAAGAAUAUUGUAUUACAAACUGUUUAGGACGCGAAGCAAAACUAACAUUUCCUCAGCAGGAAAAAAUAGUGGCGUUAGGUGGUUGAUUGCUGCAGCCAAUUUCCAGAGAGCUGACGUCUAAUAAUUAUAUCCACGUUGAGACGAGCCAAAUAUCCAGAAUCAACUUCGCCAUUUCCAUCAUCUUAUGUGGCUUUAUCAAAUAUGCUGAUUAUCCAGAAGUUCAUAGAUGACAGUGACAUGGUUUCGACACACUUCAGGACAAGUAUAAUUUAUCCCCUUGCCACGUAGCUUUGUCCGAUUUCGGCCGCAUUUUUAAUACAAAUGUCUGUUGCAGACAUUAUGUGAAAGAGCAAUUACAAUUUGCAUGAAAUGUUGCUAAAAAUUAUGAAACAUUACAUACAAAACGUUUGUUUGACAACACCAGACUUCCAUUUAUACAUACAGAAUAGCUUUAUUUCGCGAACACGUGGCUAACACUGGCCUAUUAUAUGCGCGUCGCACAAACGCAUUAAACUUGCAAUUAUUCGGGCGAUAGAACACGCUAUUUCCGCGUAUCGUGGAAGAGUCGAUCCUACGACCAAUUGUUGAUAAGCUGAGACAAAAAGGGUUUCACUGCGUGCAAAUAAUUGCGUACUAUGCUAUAAUGGCAUAAUUACGGAUAUCCAUCUGACACAAGGAAUUGCUAAUGGGGCGGCGCUUCAGUUGGCGGUGAGUACGGUUUACUUACGCAAGUAUCGCUGAUGUAGUUCGCAUUCCUAGUAUUUCUAAGAAUGGCCGAGCAAAAGGACAUUUGGCAAAGCCGGUAUUACGCGAUUCCUAGAUUAUACAUGACCUUAGCAGGAUUAUGGCCGUACCAUCCAAUUCGCGACAGAUAUUUGCGCUUUGUACCAACGUUUAUAAUCUGUUCGAUCAUCCUUAUACCAAUGCUACUGUAUGUGUCCCUCGCCAUGGAGGAUCUUGAUGAUCUAUUCGAGUGUAUGCCAACAAUUCUAAUCACGAUAAUAUUCAGCUUUAAAUUAGCGAGCUUGAUGGCAAACAGUGAGAAAAUAAAGGUCUGUCUUAAGACUAUAGAGGACGAUUGGUUGUCAUUAAACGAUAAGGAAAAAGCUAUUCUACAAAGACAUACUACGUAUGGACAAAAUUUGACGAUAUUUUAUGCAGUCUUUAUGGUGAUGACGGGAUUGCUUUACAUGUUCAAGUCAAUCGUAUUGAUAAUGAUAGAAGAUACUUCAAACUCGACUAAACUGGCUGUAACAAAACUUCCCUUUCGCGUGGAAUACGGCUCCACGAUAGAUCAGUACUUUUAUCCGAUACUGGUUCACUGUUACCUAACUGUUUAUUCUCAUGUGACCGCCACGGUCGCCGCUGAUUCCUUCUACUUCAUUUUGAUUCAACACGCCUGCGGGAUGUUCUCGGUUGUCGGAUACAUGCUGGAACAUAUUGGCGAGGAUAAUGAUACAAAUUUUGAUACAAAGCCCAACAAAAUAAAUGACAAUAAUUACAAAAGAGCUCUUUAUUGCUUACGCAAGCAUCUACAUGUGAUAGAAUUCGCGGAACUGAUCGAGUCUACGUUUACAAAAAUAUUCCUGGUCAGCGUUAGUUUAAAUAUGAUUGGCGGCAGUAUAUGCGGUAUUCAAGUUUUGAUGAAUUUGAACGACGCGAAAGAUAUCGUAGCACCUCUUGCUAUCUAUGUUGCUCAACUCACCCAUCUUUUCUUCCAAUUUUGGCAGGCUCAGUUCUUAUUAGAUUACAGUCUUGCUCCGUACGAAUCGAUUUGCAGGUCAAAUUGGUAUUAUACCUCGGAGAGAUGUAAAAAACUUUUGCUUCUAAUCAUGACUAGAACUGUAUCACCGUGCAGAAUAACCGUUGGCAAAGUGGCAACUCUGUCCAUUGAAAGUUUCGGCGUGCUUCUAUAUCUUCUAAUUGCCGCGGCAAAUCUCGACGAUGUGUUCUCGUGUACUCCGUCAAUGUGGAUUACCAUAAUAUUCAGCUUUAAAUUAGGAUGGUUGAUGGUAAACAAUAGAAAAUUGAAAACCUGUCUGAAAACGAUGGAGGACGAUUGGUUAUCUUUGAAUACGGAUGUAGAAAAAUCUAUUCUACAGCGGCACACCACGUACGGACGGUAUAUCACACUUACUUACGGAGUCUUCAUGCAGGGCGUGGGAAUUCUUCUCAUACUGAAAUCCGUCGUGGUGAUGCUGCUGGAGGAUACUUCGGAUGCGACGGUGUCCACCCUAGUGGCGGAAGCGAAGCUACCCCUUCGCGUGGAAUACGGGGAAGCGUUAGAUCGCUACUUGUAUCCAAUGGCGAUACACACUUACCUAGCUGUCUUCUCCCACAUCAGCAUCACCAUCGCGGUUGAUUCCUGCUACAUCGCUCUGAUUCGCCACGCAUGCGGGAUGUUUGCGAUUGUUGGACACACGCUGGAACACAUUGGCAAAGACAACGACGGCAAUUUCGAUCUGAAACCUGACAAAGUAAAAGAUGACAAUUACAACAGAGCUUUGGACUGCCUGCGCAAGCAUCUGCAUGUGAUACAAUUCGCGGAACUAAUUGAGUCUACGUUCACAAAUAUAUUCCUGGUCAGCGUUUGUCUGAACAUGAUUGGCGGCAGCAUGAUCGGCAUACAGGUCGUUCUGAACUUGAACGACGCGAAAGAUAUCGUAGAACCCUUGGCUAUCUACAUCGCUCAACUCAUUCAUCUCUUCCUUCAAUUCUGGCCAGCUCAAUUUUUGAUAGAUUACAGCGUCCUUCCUUACGAAUCAGUUUGUAGAUCAAAUUGGUAUUACACUUCGGGGAGGUGUCGAAAACUUCUUUUCUUAAUCAUGAAUAGAAGCGUGUUACCAUGCAGAAUAACUGCUGGCAAAGUCGUGCCCUUAACUAUUGAAAACUUUGGCACGGUUUUAAAAACAAUGAUGUCUUAUUUCACGAUGAUGCGUUCCUUCAAUUCAUAACUUCAACGCAUCUUUACAAUUCAGCUUUUUAACAUCAUAAAAUUUACUUAUCCACUCGUACUCUUUACCACAGUUUCAGCGAAAGAAUGAUCUGAGUUAUUUUUAAAAUAGUUUCAAACUUGUUAAAAGAAAAUUAUAAAUCAUGUCCGCACGUGAAUAAUCGUGAUAUCUUUACGCAGCGAUUGACUCGAAUUAUUUUAAUUGUCAAACAUAUUGAAAAUAUAAGAUGUUUCUCUAAAUAUUGUAUAAUUUUUAUGACAUUAAAAAAUUGUAAACAUUGUAAUUCGAAAGCGAAAUGCCGCACGACUCCUUGCGCAAUGACCUCAAUUGUUUAAAAAUAAAAUUUUUAUAUAAGA